GGAGCCCAGAGUAGGGCUGAGGGAAAUGUGGGUGAAUUGCAUUUUGAGGUCUGGGUUGCUGCUUGUCACCCUGUCUCUUGCCACUGCCAAGCACAAGCAAACUUCCUUCACCAAAAGUUGCUGCUCAAAGGGAACUCUGACCCACGCUGUGGACAGUCUCUUUAUCAAGACAGCAUGGCUCAAAGCAACCAUUCCAGAAGAUCACAUAAAAAAUAUAAGACUAUUAAAAAAGAAAACAAAAAAGCUCUUCAUGAAAAAUUGCAGAUUUCAAGAACAGAUUCUGUCCUUCUUCAUGGAAGAUGUUUUUGGCCACCUCCAAUUAAAGAGUUGCAAGGAAAUACACUUUGUGCAAGACUUCCACAGUCUUAGGCAGAAGUUGAGUCAUUGUAUUUCCUGUCCUUCAUCUACUAGAGAGAUGAAAUCCAUUGCCAGAAUAAAAAGAAUAUAUUAUGGGAUAGGAAGUAAAGGAAUCUACAAAGCCAUCAGUGAACUGGAUAUCCUUCUUUCCUGGAUUAAAAACUUCCUGGAAAGCAUUAUAUUUUGA